CCAUCUUUUCAAGUCUGAAAGCAUUGCUCACCAACUCACUAAAUAGUACAUAACUACUUGUUUCCUCUAUGUUUAUCUGAUUUUUUUUGAACGACACUGCUACAAUUUUAUUGUUAUGAUAAAUGGAUAAAAUACAGGCAACGGAAACAUCCACCAACGGUGGUUACGAUCUAACUAGGUAUAUUGCGCAUGUGUAAUGAGCCUCAUGGUGACUUCAACGUCUCUGCUAGGUGAAAUUGUGACCCCUCUGACACAAUAGUGAUAGCUAGCUAGCUAGCUAGCUGAUCUGUUGGGUUCGUGCUUUCGGAGUUGCAACCAUGAAGACUAGUUGGGGGCUCCCAACGACUGAAAUUAACUUGUAAUUUCAAGAAACAACUCAUUGGAAUCUCCGACUCUGGACGUGGCACCGAAUUAAUAUUUUGGUUGCAGCCCUACAGAAUGUCCAAGAUAAGGCGGAAGGUAACAGUGGAGAAUUCUAAGACCAUAUCUGACAGCAGCACCACCACCCCCCCCUCUCGCCGGCCAAGCGUGUUUGAGAGACUUGGACCCAGUACUGGAAGUAAUGCUGCCGAGACGCACUGUAGAAAUUGGUUAAAGACUGGGAACUGCAGUUACGGAAACACUUGUCGCUACACACAUGGAACGCAGCCACGAGGCAAAGGAUUCAGUGGAACAUACAGAAGGUCAUCAGAAAGGCCCACAGGCGAUCUCAGAGAGAGGAUGAAGAACAAGAGACAGGAUGUGGAAUCUGACGUCCAACAGAGAGACCUAGAAGAGCCCACGUCCCCUACAGCCAGGCAGCGAGAUUCCUCUCGAGGCCGUCACCGGGAGAAAGAGGACAUAAAGAUCACAAAAGAGCGAACUCCUGCUAGCGAGGAAGAGCAGGCAGAGUGGGACGCUACCCGUGAAGACUCGGAUAACGGAGACUACGACUACGAGCUGUCUCUGGAAAUGAAGAGGCAGAAGAUUCAGCGCGAGCUAAUGAAGCUGGAGCAAGAGAACAUGGAAAAAAGGGAGGAGAUUGUUAUUAAGAAAGAGGAGCCGGCCGGCAAGAACAGGGCCAGCAGCCUAACAAAGAUCUCUCCCGAGCCUGCCAGUUCUAAAGGAUCCCCUUCAUCCCGGAAGUCCAGCGGAUCACCCAAGAACAAAACCGGGAUCAAAUCUGCAGGAUCGGGCAAGAAGGAGAAGAAGGCGUCCGUCAUCUCCUCUCCAGCGUCGGAUCAGGCCAGGCCCUCCAAGACGACUCACAGCAAGAAGAAAGGCCCCCGUACCCCCAGCCCCCCUCCGCCCGUGCCGGCGGACAACCCCGUGGUGGGCAAGAAGCACAAGGGCAAGCACAAGAACAAGGAGAAGCUGGAGGAGAAGCCCAAGGAGGGCAAGGAGAGGGGGAGGGACACGGAGAAACACAAGGAGAAGAAGGAGAAGCGCAGGGACCGCUCGGAGAGCUCCCAUAAGCAGAAGAGGUCUGUGACCCCCGAGGAGCGUUCUGGCAGUGCCUCCUCCCCUUCCAGGGAGGUGUCACCCUCCCCCAGACUGGCACCCCCGAAACCCUCUGCCAUCACCUCUCCACCACCUAGGUCCCCGACGCCCCCCCGGCACCACCGCACCCCCACGCCCCCCCGGCACCACUCCCCCUCGUCCCGCUCGGGGUCGUCCACCCUGCGGCACUCCGCGUCCCCCCGGCGCCGACGCUCUGCCUCCCCGGCGUACUUGCGUGACCCCGCCUCCUCGCCCGCGCAGAGGCGCUCGCGGUCCCCCGCGGCGACGGCCCUCGCCGCCUCCCCGCCGGCCAACCGUAGGCCCAGCCCCUCCCGCCACCACUCCCAGGGCCGGGAGAGGGGCGGGGCCGAGAGGGAGAGGACCCCGCCCCUGCAGGAGCGGCGGCUGGAGCGCAGAGACGAGAGCCGCGGGAAGCGGGAGAAGGACUCCCGGGAGGAUCGGGAGUUCGAGGGCGAGCAGAGCGCGUCGCGGCAGUCCCGCGAUGACGGGGGGAGCAGGGAGGGGCGCGAGCGGAGGGAGGCGCGGGACCGGCGGGAUGGCCGGGACUCGCGGGAGCGCCGCGUGGAGCCGCGCUCCGGACGCGACUCGCUGGAGUACAGAGACCGCGAGCGCGACAGGGAGCGGGACCGCGACCGCGAACGGGCCGACGCCCACAGGAAGGAGGAGACCACGGCCCCGGAGGAGCGCAGCUACGGGAGAGGCCACGCCCGCGAGGAGGCCGCCCGCCCAGAAGGGAGGACCGAGGUGCGGCCGGAACCCAGGGCGGAGUCCAGGGUGGAGCCGCGCCCUGAGAGACCUGGCAGGGGGCGGGACCGCGGCACAGAGGCGGGCGAAAAGGGCGGGCGUGCCUCCAGAGGCUCCCAGUUCGACAGCGGCAGCGGCAGCAGCAGCGGAAACCUGCACGAGAACUGGGAGUCCCGCGGGAACUUCGCGGACAGGAGCGCGGAGAGAGGGGCCGACCGCGACCGCUACGACGGAGACCGGCGCGGCGAGCAGGCCCGAGACUCCUCCUACGACCGGAGAGGGGGGCACGCGGAGCGCGACCGCAGGGAGAACCGGGAGAGAGAAACGAGAGCGUCAUCUCCCGCCAGACACCAAGGCCGCGGUGAGGAUUCUGAGCGGGACCGCGAGGACCGGAGGGAGGACAGGAGAGAAGACCGCCCCCGCGAUAGAGACAGGGAGAGGGAAAGGGAGAGAGAGAGGGAGAGGGAGAGAGAGAAGGACAAGGAGCGGGAGAGGGAGAAAGAGCGGGAGACUGAGCGAGAACGCGUCCGAGAGAGGGACAGGGAGAGGGAGCGCGAGAGAGACCGCGAGAGGGAGAGAGAGAGGGAAAGGGAGGAGAGGGAGAGGGAGAGAGAGCGGGAGGAGAGAGAGAGGGAGCGCGAGGAACGGGAGAGAGAGAGGGAGCGGGAGAGGAAGGAGAGGGAACGAGAGAGGGAGCAGAGAGAGCGGGAGAGGCAGAGGGAAUGGGAGGAGCGAGAGAAAGGGAGGGAGGAGAGGAGGGAGCGGAGAGAGGAGCCGAGAGAGGAGCGGUCUUCGCUCAGAGAGUCCCACGAGGACCGGAAGACCAGCCGUAAGCGGCACCGUGUGGAGAGCCCCCCCAGCCCACGCCCGUCCCCCAAAAGGGCUCGAGAGGCCAGCCCGCCCGACAGCGAUGGCUACAACAGCAGCGAGGAGAAGAGAGGAGAGAAACACCGGCUCCUGAGUCAGGUGGUGCGCCCCCAGGAGCCCCUGCGCUCCCCGCCCGCCGCCCCCGGGGAGGAGAAGUCCAGCCGCUGGAAGGAGGAGGAGCGGCGGCCGGAGAAGAAGGAGGCGAGCAGGAGCCGGCACGAGGAGGCAGAGCCGCGUAGCGAGCGCGGCGCGGGCAGGGCGCCCGAGCGGCGCAGCGGGGAGCACGUCCCCGACGGCCCGUCCGCCGCCCCGCCCGCCGAGGCCCGGCGGGGCAAAGACCGGCAGGACUCCACCCCUCCGGCCCCGCCCGCCCCGCCCCCCGCGCAGGAGGACAAGGGAGCCCCGCCCCCGGCCGCCCACGAGGAGGGCAAGAAGAACAAGAAGUCCCAGAAGAAGGGGCUGAAGAAGAACCGCAGGGAGGAGGACGGGGCGGGGGCGGCCGAGAGGACCACCAACCCCGAGCCGCCCGCCCCCGCCGUCCUGCAGGCCCCGCCCCCUCUGCUGUCGCCCCGCAAGGCCACCAAGAAGAAGGCCCUGGAGAAGAAGCGCAAGCGCUCCCGGGGCGGGGACUCGGACGCCUCCGAGGACGAGCCGCACCACCAGCAGCCCAGCAAGCGCAAGCGCGGCCCCCGGACCCCGCCUUCGCUGCUGCCGCUCCCCCCCAGGGAGCAGUCCCCCCCCCAGAAACCCGGCGCCGCCGUGGAGCCGGCCCAGCCGCCGCCGCCGCCCGCCAAAGCGGACGCCGCCUUCAGCGACUGGUCGGACGAGGAGGUGCCCGCGGCGCCCGUGGAGAAGCCGCGGCCGGAGCCGCUCCGCAGGGGGCCCAAGGCGGGGGCCAAGGAGCCGGCCAUCGCCCCGCUGCUGCCGCAGGAGCCCCCGCCGCUCCCGCUGCAGCCGCUGCUCCCGCAGCACCUCCUGCGCAAGCCGCCCGCCGAGCAGAAGCGCAGCAGCAGCCUGGGGAGCAACCAGAGCCGCGCCUCCUCCCGCCGCCUCCGCUCGCCCUCCAGCGAGUCCGCGCACCGCGUCGCCCUCGACGACCAGCCCGGCGCCCGCCCCCGCAGGGGCCGCCUGCAGACCGCCGCCUCCCGCGACCGGGAGAGGGAGAGAGAGAGGGAGCGGGAGAGGGACCGGGACAGGGAGCGCGAGAGAGAGAGGGAGAGGGAGAGAGAGAGGGAGCGCGACAGGGAGAGGGAGAGGGCCGCUGCUGUGGAGCCCACGGAGAGGAGGUCCCGCAUCGACCAGCUGAAGAGGGGAGAGCCCAGCCGCAGCACCUCCUCCGACCGGCAGGACUCGCGCAGCCACAGCUCCCGCCGGAGCUCGCCGGAGUCGGAGCGGCAGGCCCGCUCCCGGGCGGGGUCCUACGACAGCCGCGAGCGCGACAAGGAGCGCGAGCGCGAGCGCAAGGACCUGCGGCCGCAGCCGCGCGACUGGGAGCGCCCGGAGCCCGAGGCGCGGGACUGGGCCGGGCGGGGCCGGGAGCCCCUCCCCCUGCUGCUCCGCGGCCGCGAGGCCCUGAGGGAGCGCGAGCUCCGCGAGCUCCGCAAGAGGGAGGCGGAGCUGGAGCGGGACAACCGCCACCUGUCGGAGAGCCUGCUGCUGCACGAGCGCGAGCGGCUGCUGCCGCUGGACCUGCCGCCGCACGCCGAGCUCAAGCCCCGCCCCGACCCCAAGGCCGAGCGCGCCGAGCCCGAGCCUCUCAUGGCGCCCCGCGAGCCCGCCCCCGCCGAGACGGACAGGCCCGCCGACGGCCUGCACGCCCUGGAGGAGCCGCGGGAGGCCGAGCGGCCGGACAGCGUGGACGAAGAGGAUGAUGGGAAGGUGGAGGACGCACAGUCGGCGGUGUCGGGAGGCGAGGAGUACGAGCCAAUCAGUGACGACGAGCUGGAUGAGAUCCUGGCUGACAGCGCGCAGAAGAAAGAGGACCAGCAGGAAGAGGAGAAGAUCCCAGGGCCCCUGGACGUGAUCGAUGUGGACUGGUCCAGCCUGAUGCCCAAGCAGAAGGCCGAGCCGCGGGAGGAGGGGGCGGCGCUGCUCCGGUUCACCCCGGGCGCCGUCCUCCUCAGGACGGGCGUGUCCCGCCGGCUGGCCGGGCCCCAGCUCCUCGCCCGGGUGAAGGAAGCGUGCCAGGGGGAGCUGCAGGAUCCCAAAGAUUUAGAGCAGCUGUUUGAGCACGACCUGGGUGCCUUGAACAUGGCCGCCCUGAAGAGGCGGGAGGAGAGGGCGGGGCUGCUGCGGAACCUGGGGCCCUGCUGCAAGGCCCUGUGUGCCCGCAGGGACCUGGCCAUCCGCCGCCAGCUGCUCAAGAACGACAAGGGGAGCACCAAGCACAUGUACACGGGUGCGCCGCUGGUGGACGCCGAGCUGCUGCAGCUGAGCGUGCGCCUCUUUAAGAAGAAGAUGAGCCCGUGCCAGCCUCAGGGCCAGGACAAGGCCGAGCCGGGCGUGGCGCUGCCCGAGCCCGUCGCGCUGCCCGAAGUGUGUGUGCCCUGAGAGCGCUUUAAAAAAACGGGCCACAGAUCCAGGAUCAGCUCACCCCGUCCCCGUUACUAACCCCAAUCAUUUCCUUCAAAACCUGAGACUGACGCAGGGUCAUUGUUUUGGGGGAAUGUAAUCUGUACAAAGCAUGACAUAUGCCAUAGAGACUGCCGGAUGUGCUAGCCUAUGGAGGAAAUGAGGUCCCGUCAAUUGAACUUGCUGAGAAAUGUUGACACAAAGCAGUGAGAUGCUGUAUACACGACUCUUUUGUUUUGUAUUAGAACAGCAUGGUUUUUUUUUUUAACUUGUCUUUUUAACAAUGUGCUGUACUGAAAUUCAAUUUUUUGUGCAUCAGUUAGUAAAAAUAAGCCUUACAAUUGGUCACUCUUUGAGUGAGGUUUGUUCCUGAUUUUAACUUUCAAAUUCAGAUGUCAGAGUUCUGUAAAAACAACAAAUCCUCUCACGUUUACCUCCACAGGCUGAGGACGAAAACUUUUUUGAUAAUAUUUUAUAGAUAAAUUAUUUAUAAAUGACUAAAAAUAUUUUUUUAUUCUAAAUUUAAAAACUGGUAAUGACAUUGCUUUUUAUAGAAGUUGAGGUUACAUUUUGAGCAGUUAUGGCUAAAAUUUUCUUAGGCCCUUUAUCUCAUGAACUGCUCUUUUGAAUAUUAAAAAAAAAAUCUAAAACAUUUUGAACCAGUUUGAAACAGGUGUGCCAAAACAGUAUGUCUCUCAACUGCUUAUAGUACUACUUUUGUAUUGCAUGCACAAUAGAUGUGCAGUUCAUUUGACAGUUUGUCAAAAACUAUUUUUCAGAUCAACCUUUGUAUUAGAAGAAAAACAGAAAGUUUAAUUAUUAAUUCCAGCAUCUCAUAGAAGUUCCUUGGCUAUGUUUGAAAAAUAACAUCUGCCUCGUACUUAAAACAUUGCCCUUGUUCAUACCCAGUAUUUCACUAAAUUUAGAAUGUUACAUGUUUGAAGACUUUUUUUUUAAGGAAAUUUUU